UCCCUGGAGGAGGACAGCAGCAAGCAGGAGCAGCAGCAGCAGCAACUAUGACUGGAGCAAUGACUGAGUAAGCCGACUCAGAAAGAGGAGGAGAGGUGGAGAAUUUUCUCCCUCCCCCCAAAAUCAGCACACAACUCUUUGCAACCUUGCACACUUUUUCUUUGGCUUCCCUUUAUCCAAAGUUUGGGACCUUCCCCUGGCGGGGCCUUUCAGCUUCUCAUCAUGAGCAGCUCCUUCGAGAAGAAGAUCACCAGCAUCUUGACAGAUAUCUCCAGCAACCUCAGUUGCCAUGCGGCCACCAAGGAUUCCCCCACCCUCCCCGAGUCGUCCAUCACGGAUCUGGGUUACUACAGCACCCCGCACAACCAGCACGAAUAUUACCCCAGCCAAGCGUACACGCAGCCCAUUAAUCACUAUACCUACCACCCCCAAUUUAACCUCAAUGGAAUUGGGGGUGCUGGGACCUACUCCCCUAAAUCUGAUUACCCUUACAGCACCUCGUACAGGCAAUAUGGAUCUUUCCGGGACCAACAAUUGCCCAGUCAAGAAACAGUUUCAGUGAAGGAAGAACCGGAGCCAGAAGUGCGGAUGGUCAACGGAAAACCCAAAAAGAUCCGAAAGCCGCGCACCAUUUAUUCCAGUUACCAGUUGGCUGCCUUGCAAAGGAGAUUCCAGAAGGCACAAUACCUGGCACUGCCAGAGAGGGCAGAAUUGGCCGCACAACUCGGACUGACCCAGACUCAGGUGAAGAUCUGGUUCCAGAAUCGAAGGUCCAAGUUUAAGAAACUCUACAAAAAUGGAGAAGUCCCCUUGGAACACAGUCCUAACAACAGUGACUCCAUGGCUUGUAAUUCUCCACCGUCUCCCACCCUCUGGGACAGUAAUACCCACAACAACCCAGCCAACAGGAGCCAGCUCCCUCAGCCGCUCUCCUAUAACUCUCCGCCCAGCUACCUGGAGGACCACAAUUCCUGGUACCAUCAUCAGAACCUGAGCGGGCCUCACAUACAACAGCAAGGACCUCCGCCCACUCCUGGCUCUAUGCAUCACCCAUCUCCAGGGCCUCCUCCCAAUCCUGGAGCAGUAUAUUAACCUCCUUUGCCUCCUCAAUGAAACCAGUAGAGCAGGAAAAAAGGCAUGAGGGAGAGAGAGGGAGAAACAGACAGAGACAAGUCAAAACUCUUUGAUGUUUUUUGGUAGGACAAAGUACGCAUUCCAUCCCAUCUCAGGAAGAACUGCACUGCAGCAGGGUAAAGACAAUUGAGAAAUCUUCUAAGGACAGCAGAAAGGGAAAGGUGGGUGGGUUGAUGGUUAUGUGGGUGGGAGGGAGGAAGUUUGUGGUCCGUACUGUAUCUCAACUAAAUGGGUUUCACCUAGAACUACCUUACAAAGCUCAACUUCCUGCGUGGUCGGUCUGUGGGUGGCUUCUUCUCCCAAUCACCACUGUCAGCCUUGUCAAGAAGACAUGCAGUUGGGAGGCUCUCGGCUUGACUGGAGAAGAAGCCAAAAGGCACGUGGCACCACUCCAGGUUCCAGGAAGAGACUAUACAACUGGUUGUCUUGAUCCUUCUUGUUCGUUCGGCUUAUUUUUUUUUAAUUUUGGUUUCUUAAUAUUCCCUAUCAAAUUGGUUUCAAGAGGCAUCUUUUCAGAGGGCUUGAUAAGGUCUGGCAGGGCUUCCAGCUUCCAUCAAUGCCAUCUGUGGUAGGCAUAGGAUUGGUGUCUUUACUCAUCCUUGUAGUUCAGGAAUAGGAAGACAGUGAAGGAAAUAUGCUUCUCUUUAUUCUUAUACACUUCCUUUGACACAUAUACAGUCAGAAGAACCAGAAGUUUGGUAUCACCUUAAGCAGAGACUGGAGCUUGUUGCCCUGUAACUCACAUCACAUUUAGGCUCUAUAUCCAAUGGGAUGCGAUGUUCAGAUAUGUAGUCCUUCAGAGUACCACUAUCCCAACAAGAGCAGCACAUUUCUGGUAACAUGAGCUACAACUGGAUUGCCUUUUGCAACCCAUAGGGCUAGAUUUGGAGGAUAUUUUUCUAACUUCACAUACCUCUAUGGAUGACAAAUAUAAUCAGCAGGAUAUUAAACUUUUAGAAUUCAUAUACAAUCACAGCUUAUACACUUUGCACGGGAGUCCAAAGGACUUAUCUAGAGGCUAUUACACAUAUAUCUGAGCAAAUGAGGCAGCGGUGCCAUUGAUCACAUCAUGGUAUCACCAGGGCUGUUCCCCCAAGUAAAUACCUUUGACAUCCUGGAAUGCAUAGAAAGUGACCAUUUCCCUUUAGUAGUGUCCUUAGAUCCAAUUCUGGAACAGACAGAAUUAUCCAGAACAGAAAACUUAACUGGAGAAUUGUUGGGAAAAGGAGGGUGAAGUGGUCAAUUGAUCUAAGCAGUUCUAUCAAAGAGAAAUUACACAGUGACUGCUUGAUGAGUAUAUCCACAGACAAUAGGCUCUAUAGGUCAGCACACCUAGAGGAUAUCAGUUUGGGAGGGGGAAGAGAACAGUCUUACACCAUAAUAAAUGUCCUAGUCCUUCAGAUAUAUCACCAUUUUCCCAGUUUUUGCUACAACAGACUUGACCCACCCACUUGUAUGGAAAAAAAACCCCAGGUAGCAUUACAAUAACUCAAGAAAUGAUAGAAAGGGGCAGGGAGACAUUGGCACCAGACUUUAAAACCUAAUAUUCAGGGCCCUUCCCAACAGGCCCUAUAUCCCAGGAUAUGAUCCCAGAUUUUCUGUUUAUCUCAGAUUAUCUGGCAGUGCAGACUCAUAUAAUCCAGUUCAAAACAGAAAACCUGGGAUGAUAUCCUGGGGUAUAGGGCCUGUCUGGAAGGGUCCUCAAUCUACUAUAUUUUAUCAUUAGAUUAGAAUUAGAAUUGAAGUCAUUUCUUAGAAAUGGAGAGGUCAUACAAAACUGGACAGUAUAUGGUGUUAAUGUGAUGCUGUUGUAGAACCUGUGGUCAUGUUGAAUACAGAUGAGAUCAAGGCAUCAAGGAAAGUGCUAAAUGGGGGCUGGGUCGGGACUAUUUCAGAUUUACACUAGAAACCCAAGGAGAGAUAAACUCUUCUCCUAGUUGCAUGUUUUGUAACAGGAUAAGGUUUGGCCAUGGGUCAUAUAAGUGUAUUCUGGGAAGGUAGGAAUGAAAGAUUUUAAUUUCCCUUACCAGCCUGUAGUAGCUCUCUUGUCAAUCCAAGUUAUACUACUGGAAUGUGCAAUUUACACAGGACUUAGGCCCCCUUCCACACAGCUGAAUAAAAUCCCACAUCUACUUUGAACUGUAAUAUAUGGCAGCGUGGAUUCAGAUAACCCAGUUCAAAGCAGAUAUUGUGGUAUUUUCUGCCUUGAUAUUCUGGGAUAUAGGGCUGUGUGAAAGGACCCUGGCACAAUUGGGCAGAGAAAGACCUUGCAAAACUACAACUCCUGUGAUUCCAAAGCAUUGAGCCCUGGCAGUAUGAUAUCCUGGGAUAUAGGGCUGCGUGGAAGGGCCCUCAAAGGGACAAGUUCUAGGGCCCUUCCACACAGCCAUAUAUCCCAGAAUAUCAAGGCAGAAAAUCCCACAUUAUCUGAGUGUGGACUCAGAUAAUCUAGUUCAAAACAGAUAUUGUGGGAUAUUCUGCUUUGAUAUUCUGGGAUAUAGGGCUGUGUGGAAGGACCCCUGGAUUUUUUGGUUUGGACAAGCUGACUUGGGGGAGUUGAAAACUCAAGGUGAGGAAAAGGGGAAAGUAAAAUCCUUUUAAUGGGAUGCAGGUUUACAUCAGAUUACAUUUUGCAGAUUGUCCAUCCACUCCCUUAGGAAUAAAUCCCACUGGACUCACUCACGGAGGCAAACUUUUUGAUAGGCAUGGUUUGCAUUGCACUAUCAGAGGCCCGGUUUCUUUCAACAUAGGCCAACAAAAACAAAAUACCAACCUGGAAAAGCAAGAAACAUUCUGGACCUUAAACUGUCAAGAUCUGUUCGUUUUUCCAAAUAAAAGGUGUUCGAACUGGUGUCAGAAUUAACUAAAAUCCGCUUUCUCUGGGCUGCAUCUGAUCUUAAUUUAAACCACUUGAGAAUUUGACAUUCAUUUAGGACUUUUAAGGGGUUGGACGGGAGAAAGAAAUGUUUAUUUAAAAAAAAUAGGGGACAUAUUUAAAAUACUUGGGGGAUAAUUUAAGUUAUUUUUUUAAUAAAGUUAAAAUGAUCUGCGUGUUGCUCUAGUUAUGUCAUUUUAAGCUAUUGUCAAAGAGGAAGGCUUAUUUUUUAAAGAAAAGAAGCAGGAACAAAUCCACCUUGGAUGGAUAUUUUUUUAAAUCAACAAAACUCUGUGUGGUGCAUUUUAAAAAAAGAGGAAAGAGCAUUCUCUGAUGUUGUACAGUGUCAAGGUUGCUAUUUAUGUUGCCUUGUAUUAUAAGGAGUGCAGGGUGUGGGGAUGUACAUAUGGCUGAUUUGUAUAAAGCUUAAUUCAAAAGUUAAAUGUUAUUUUUUUCUUUUAUAAAAAUCUUGGCUUAGGAGAAGAAAAAAAACAAGAAGCAUCUCAUUGAGAUGAAAACUUUACUUGAGAUUCCUUUCUGCUUUAGUAGUGAAGAGAAACUUCCUGUACAAUGUUAAUAAAAAUAUUUUGAACCUUAAAGGCAAA